CAGGAAAAUGAUUGGUUGCAACAAGAGGCACAAAAAGUUAGAGUUGAAAGUCAUGAAUAUAUGAGUUAUAUAGAAAAGAAAACCAGCAAACGUCAAACAACAAUAAUAACGUUAAGUGAUCAUAAUAAACAACAAAUACAAAAUAUUAAGUUAGAAAAACAGUUGAUGGAACAAGAAUAUGAUGACAAGAAACAAGCAUUGGAAGGUAUGUUAUUAGAGAAACAACAUUUAUUAGAGAAAACAAAUCAAGAAUUAUUAGAGUUACAAGAAUAUAAGAAUCUACAAACAGAACAAUUAAAUAAAAUAAAAGAGUUAGAAAGAGAAGUGAUGCAAAUGAGAGUGAAACAUUCUGAGAAAAUUCAAGAUUUAAAAUCCAGAUUUUUAGAUGAGAAGAGACAAUAUGAAGAAGAUUCUACCACUAGAAUUCAAACUCUAGAGAAAAAGGCUAAUAAGGAGGCAGUGCAAUGUUUAACAGAUCAUACAGACUCUAUCAAAACAGAAAAUAGACGCUUGAGAAGAGAAUUACUCAAAUUAAUCCAAAAAACUCGAGCCUUGAGUGAACAUAACGUAGAAUUAGAAAACCAAAGGAAAGAAUUAUUACGUGAACAACAGUAUGCUGAGGACUUGAAAUAUAUUAGACAUGCCCGGCAACAGAAAUCUUUUAAAAGUUUCGAUGAUGAUAGUGAAUUGGCCGAUGCAGCAGCUUCUUAA